AUGAGCUCCCCUCAACAGGGCCCAAGGAGAGGCCAGAGGACGCGGAAGGCAACUGCAAAGGGCCGCAAUUAUAUAGAUUCCCUUGUCAGCAAGGCUGCGACCAGACGCAUUCAGAAUGCUCAGGCUCAAGCUCAAUCAACCGCCGUGGCCAAUACUCCUGUAACUAACACUACCAAUAGGGCUACCUCUAGCCAAGGCGAUGCCAACGGGGGGGCUCGGAGGUCAAAACGAAGCCAAGGGCGGGUCGAUGGCAAAGCCCCAGAUGGAACGUCCUGCAACACAGGGAGAUCCAGCAAGCGGCGUCGAGUGUCUGGACCUGGUCCUUCACUCGAAGGAUUCAUGAUCAAGCUGUACGCCGAAAUCCACCAUGCCGCUACAGUUAGGACGAUGGGACAAUGGGAGCGCUAUUGGACACAGCGUCUACUUCGACAACCCCGAACCCUACGCUUCUUUGAUCUCUCGGCAGUAAGCACUCGUCGACCUUUAAGGGAAAGGCUGAACAAGUUUGAAAGCACCGAUCCUAAGGCGAAGAGGGUUGCUAACCUCGCAAAAGAUGACGUAAACAUCGACUAUGCCCAGAGGCUGACAGAUCUCUGCGAUGAGCCAAACCUUCUCCUUCUGACUAUUUGUGCACACUCCAAAAGCUUCCGCGACGCAGUUGCUCGCAGCGACGCGGAGAGCAGAGCACAAGGGAAACCCGAAUGGAGCGACAUCUACCCCCGAAUCAAACAGUGCGCGUCAAGCCUGGAACUCUUUGCCAGAACGCACAAAUUCGAGUGGAAAGACGCCCUCUUCACCUUCAACGACCACUUUACCGAUCUUCUUAAAAUUGUAUAUAAGGACUGUCGAGACGUCCAUGGCAAGGACGGUUUCAAUUUCGGAAUCGGCCAGAAAGACCUCAGAGAGAUCCAUCAGAUCGGCGCCGAAGACAAGCACAUGGUUCAGCAUCACUGGGUUUUGCCCCCCGUGGACGGGGAACCAGCUGUCUGGCCAUCAGUCAAAUGCACCAUCACACAAGACGUCAUCAGGGCCGGAUUUGUCGACGGCGACCUCGCGAUUGCAGGCAUUCCAGAGGAGGGAGAUAACCUUGAAAUCAACCCGGCGUCGAUACUUCCACCGAACUCGAAGGUCACGCUCCAGCAAUUCAACAUUGAGCAAUGCGUCGUCCUUCCGGACUAUCCCUGGCCCGAGGAGACACACAAGGUGGUCUACGAAGAUGGCGCCGUCUACGAAGACCCAGCCUUCUGCGGGUUCCCAGGAAACCCUUGCACAGCGUGCGGAGCCGAAGAACCCGAACCCGCGCCUGUCAUCUCGAUUAACCACGACACUGACGCUGACGGCGAGACCGACUUGGAUAGCGCCGAUGUCGCGGCUCCAGGGAAUGAGCAGCAGCAGUCUUCGGGCAGAGCAUGCAAAUGCACAUUCGCCGAUCUCUGCAAGCGGCACAACAAACCCCCGCAGGACAGCCACCACGACAUCCUUGUCGAGCUGUAUACCACCAAGGAGAAAGGCAGGGGUGUCCGCGCGCUCCAAACGAUUCGGCCAGGCACCUACCUGGGCGAAUACACGGGCGAGAUCUACGCGGUGCAGCCGGCCGCCAACAAGAUCGCCGGCUCGAUGCAAAACCACCGGUACGGGGUCAUGACGUACCACAUGAACAUGGACAUCGAGCGGGCGGACGACUACGCCGCCACCGGCGCCAGACGCAAAGGGGGGAGUGUCAAGACGACAAUCUCGCGGGGCCAAUACCGACCGCAGUAUACGAUUGACGCGACGCACAGGGGCAGCUGGACGCGAUACAUCAACCACUCGUGCGCGCCCAACACAGCCUACGUCGUCGUGAGCCUGGGCCAGCGCACCCGCGUCGUGGUCCGGGCGAGGCGCAGGAUCGCCUUCGCGGAGGAGCUCACAGUCGACUACGGUAGGGGCUACUUUGAUAACCUGCGCAUGGUGUGCCGCUGUGGGGAGCCGAGGUGUAGGCACAAGACUGUUGUUGACCGAGCGAGCGCGAGCGGAAGGGACAGCGAGAGUGAGAGUGGGAGCGGUAGUGGGAGUGGCGAGGCUGAGGAGGAAUAG